AACAAAGUUAUCUUCUUAAGAUUGAAAGAGAAAGAGGAAAUAAAAUGAUUUCAGAAAACCCAACAUCCUAGAUAUUAACAUUUGGGAUAUUUAUCAAAAAUUUAGUUUUGCUUUAAAAUAUUGAAAAUCUAGUGACUUCAUGAUCUUGAAUCUUCUGCAGAUAUAAAAAAGAAUGUAUCAAGUACCAAAUUACACAGAGACUGUGUCAAUGAGAUUAUCAGAGGUUCUGGCUGAUAUAGGUGUUGAUGAGAGAAUAAUACUGAAGAGGAGAAGAACAUGGCUUCUGAGAGAAUCAAUCGAAAAUAUAAAUGACCAAUUAAAUUUUAUAGCAUACUAUUUUGGGAGUCAAUCAGAAGGUACAACUACAAUUGGAAUCCAUUCAGACACAGAUCACCUGCUUUGGUAUAAGAAUCUCUCUGUGAUACAAGACUGGAUUGAUUGGAUACCUGGUGUAUCAAAUCAUUUAAUGAUUCAAGAUAAUUCUGUAUCUCCUGGAUAUUGUUUCCUUCAAUGUCUGAGAUCUGAUGCUCCUCUUCCUGCUGAUAAUGAAUCUAAUAAAAUCUUUUUCAAAGACAGAACAGGAAAAUUGUUUCUAAAGAAUUCUAUAAUAUCCUUUCUUACAGUGGGUACAGAAACACAUGGACCAGCACGAGCAGAACAAGGACAACAAGGCUUCUCUGAUGUAGAUAGAGUGUUAGCUUUACAUUGUACAACAUGGCCACAACAAGCUAGACAAUGGUUGGAUCAACAAGGUGAAGAUCAAUGGCCGUCUGCUGAAAUGAAACAAUAUUGCAGCAGAACUGGAUGCUUUGUUGUUGGAGUUGGAUGUAGAGGCAGUGAACAUGAGCAACUUGAAUGGAGAAUAUCAACAUCUUUCGCAGAAAGGUGUUUAAUGUUCAACCUGAAUAUUUCACAGAUUCGCUGUUAUGUUUUGAUGAAAAUUAUUUUAAAAACAUUUAUCAAUCCAUUGUUUAAAGAUGUUAUUUCCAGUUUUAUGUGUAAAACUGUACUCUUUAACUGUAUAUCCAAUACACAUUCUAACAUCUGGAGAGAAAAUAAUUUACUUUCAUGUCUUUCACUCUGUUUAUAUCUCCUGUACAACAAUAUAAUUAAUGAAAAUUGUCCACAUUUUAUUAUUCCUGGUAACAAUUUAAUGAGGGGGAAGAUUUUACCUGCAGUUAAACCAUAUAUCCUGGAAAUACUCAACAAUAUCAUCGACAGUGAAGGACUGGCACUACUGUGGAUUAAAUGUGAUGAUCUUGGUUCCAGGCUUCAUCUCAAGUUUAGUAACUUGUGUGCAAUCAAGAAAGGUGAUAUCAUUUCAGAAACACUAUUAUAUAAUCUGGCUAUAUCUAUAUCUGGGACACUGAUAGAAACUUAUUAUCAUCUUAAGGACAGAAGUCCUAAUGAAGCUGUAGAAAUAUUAAAGAACUUUAUAUCAAAAGCUUUCAACAGUCAAUAUGAAGGAUUGGAUAAGACAGCCAGUCAUCUUCUGUUGCCAUGGUAUUGUACAAUACUAGGAUCUGUACUGGCUUCACUAAACAUCUAUCAUUACAACAUUGUAUCAGCAGAUGCCCUCAAACUCAUCUCACUUGGCAUGAAUACAGAUGUUGCAUCAAGUAAACUGAAACUGGCUUCGAUCUUAUACUGUGUUCAAGAACUACAAAAAGCUGACCUAGUACUCAGUGAGAUAGAAAGAAGAUAUGACCUACAAAUUGUUGAGCCUAUCUGUAUUUGUCAUGAAUUUAAGAGGGGACCAAGAAGACAAGGGUUCUUUGAAUUAUGUGACAAUCACAAUGAAGACGUCAUACAGUAUGCAACAGCAUCAUGUGUUACAUUUCUGCCAUGUGAAAUUCACUGUGUACCAAUAGAACUCAGAUAUGAAAUGUAUAGAUCUACACAAGAGGACAGAAUGUUUCGUACAUUUCAAGAAAACUUCUGGAUGGAUUAUGCUGUGGUGGAUUCCCUCCCUUACCUCUACUUUCUACAAUACAAAGUUUACAGCCAUUUAGGAAGACAUGACCGGAAACAAGCUGCUCUCUUCAAACUUACCAGAACCAUAACAGUGGAACCAAACCUUGGACAUCGGGAAACAGCUCUAAAUCUUCUAGGGAAAUGCAUGGAACAAGAAGGUAGAGCUGGGGACGCUUUACAGUGUUAUUUGAUGUCACUUAGUAUAAGGGGGAGAAACAAUGCUGCAAAAAUUCAUAUCAACACACUCUUAUCUGUAUUGAUAAAUGCAAGGACAUAAAAGGUACGUGGAGAAAUGUGGAAAUGACAAAAGCAGGACAGUAAGAUAGUAAUGAACAAGCUAAUUUAUAUUCCAAAAACAUUUUUUUUUUCAAAUUAUGUAAUCCAAGCUACCCUUACCAGCAAUAUCAACUUUGAUUAUACCCUAAACAAAACAUCUACCUUUAAGAUCAAGGUACAUUGGAAUGUAUGGAGGUUGAAGGUUAACUUCUAAGAUUAACUUCUAUUUAUCCAGGGGGGAUAACAAUUUAUUUAGAGUAUUUGGAUACCAGGUAAUAAAAUCACCUAGAAUUUGGCUGCAUGUGAAUUUAGCCAAGUUACAUUCAUGGAAAAAAAUAGUUUAAUUGGGAAUAAAACCUUAAAGCUUUAAAGCUUAAGCAUUGUCAUUCAGAUAUGACAACACAAUAAAAUAGUGUGGAUAC